AUGGCGACUACACCGCUGCCAUCCCCAUCUCUUCCUGCAAUCACCGAUUCGGACGACGCUACUACAGCCGAACAGAAGUAUGCCAGGAGUGCCCUCAAGAUCGAGUACGAAUUUUGGUAUCGCCACCUCAUCUUCCGAUCGUGCAUCAGCCGACCAGAUUAUGGCUCUUUGCCCAAUUUACCUUCAAGCACAGGUCCUUUGCUCCGGCUCCCCGUUUACACUGUGGGGUACAAGCGCAGGAAAGGACAAACAGGACAGCAGCAGCUCGACAAGAGGCGAGCUACGAGUCGUUCGUUAAUGCAAACAUACAAAGACAUGUUAGCAAAGUCGGAGGAGAAAUGGGCGAUGGGUGAUUCCAUGGUUAGAGAGUUCGAUGUCUUGGAUGACGAUCACUGGUGUUUGGAACAGCAAGUAUCAGUAUCUUUGAGCAAGUCCAAGGGCGAGUGGAGUCUGCUUCUCUGGCUCGACAACGGUCGGGAUCUAGGCACAAGCCCGGGCGGUCCAUGGUCAUCAGCGCACUUUGCCCCUGACGAACUUUUCCCCGCCAUCCAAUUCGAACAACACGACCGCUCAAAUGGCACAUCCUCAAGCAAGCCCGCUCGAUCGAAUACCACAGGAGCACCAGACUCUACAUUCUUCCAGUCCAUCUCAUGCUUACCAGCUGAGUAUACCAAGCGGCUCAAUACCGAACUUGCAAGAACAGACGCGUUCUAUGCUGUCAGUCCUCUCAUGAGGUUCGCCGCAACUACGCAGAAACAAGUACUCAACAUUGUCGAAGGUAUCAUUUUGAAGGAGAUGGACCCUGCAGUAUUCUUGGAUCAAGAGACUCCCUCGAUGGCCAACCUUCUUCAUCUCGAGCGUCUACUGGGUCGCCAUAUUGACGCUUUGAAAGAGACAAGAGGCAUCAUUGCAUGUCGUGGUGGACAUGCCUGGCCAACCGCAAGCGAGAAGUCCCAGAUCAAGGAGGCCAAGAAAUCAAGAGAGCAAUUAGAAGGAGAUUUCGACCAUCUGCUUGAGAGGGCGAAACUAUUGAAGGACCAAUGUACGCAUGGUCUCAGCAUCAUCAUGACCAACACAAGCAUUCGAGAAAACCAGCGAGCAAUGUUGCAGCAGCAGGGCGUAAUUCGGCUGACGCGUUUGGCUUUUAUCUUCAUUCCUGCGACAUAUGUCGCAGGUUUGUUCGGGAUGAACGUUCGGGAGCUCGAUGGUAAUACCGUCAGUAUAUGGGUGUACUUCGUUGCCACCGUUCCUCUGCUCUUGGUGUCUUAUCUCUUUCUGACCGUCGACGUGUUGGACUUGGGACGAAAAUCUUGGGAAGCUUUGAGUCGAUUUGCUAGCCUGGGUUUACGGUCGGGCAGACAUGGACAAGCCAGCCAAACCGAGUCGGCCAGCGCAAAGACAAGCAGCUCAACAAUCGUUUGA